AUGGCGCAGCAAGAAAUUCAACUGGACAGAGAAAGAUUCUCCUGUUCGAUCUGUCUGGAUCUACUGAAGGAUCCGGUGACUACUGUCUGUGGACACAGCUACUGUAAGAGCUGUAUUAACACCCACUGGGACAAUGGGGAGGAGAGAGGAAGCUACAGCUGCCCUCAGUGUAGACAGACCUUCACACCGAGGCCUGUCCUGGAGAAAAACACCAUGUUAGCUGAUUUAGUGGAGGAGCUGAAGAAGACUGGACUCCAAGCUGCUCCUGCUGAUUACUGCUCUGCUGGAUCUGAAGAUGUGGCCUGUGAUGUCUGCACUGGGAGAAAACGGAAAGCUCUCAAGUCCUGUUUGGUUUGUUUGGCCUCUUAUUGUGAAAACCACCUCCAGCAUCAUCUUCAGUCAGCUCCAUUGAAGAAGCACAAGCUGGUGGAGCCCUCGGAGAAGCUCCAGGAGAACAUCUGCUCUCGUCACGACGAGGUGAUGAAGAUGUUCUGCCGCACUGAUCAGCAGUGUAUCUGUUAUCUCUGCUCUGUGGAUGAACAUAAAGACCAUGACACAGUUACAGCUGCAGCAGAAAGGACUGAGAGGCAGAGAGAGAUCAGGCGGAGGAGACAAACAAUCAAGCAGAGAGUCCAGGACACAGAGAAAGACGUGAAGCUGCUUCAACAGGAGGAGGAGGCCGUCAAUGGCUCUGCUGAUAAAGCAGUGGAGGACAGUGAGGAGAUCUUCACUGAGCUGAUCCAUCUGCUGGAGAAAAGAAGCUCUGAUGUGAAGCAGCAGAUCAGAUCCCAGCAGGAAACUGAAGUGAGUCGAGUCAGAGAGCUUCAGGAGAGACUGGAGCAGGAGAUCACUGAGCUGAAGAGGAAAGACCAUGAACUGAAGCAGCUCUCAGACACAGAGGACCACAACCAGUUUCUACACAACUACCCCUCCCUGUCACCACUCAGUGAAUCUACACACUCAUCCAGCAUCAGAAUCCGUCCUCUGAGGAACUUUGAGGACGUGACAGCAGCUGUGUCCCAGGUCAGAGGUCGACUACAGGACAUUCUGAGUGAGACAGAGACAGAGAUUUUACAGAUUGUGUCUCAAGUGGAUGUUUUACUGCCACAACCAGAGCCCAAGACCAGAGCUGACUUAUUAAGAUAUUCACAGGAAAUCACACUGGAUCCAAACACAGCACACAGACGUAUGUUAUUAUCUGAGGGAAACAGAAAAGUAAGACUUAUGAGUGAAGAACAGUCUUAUUCUGAUCACCCAGACAGAUUCACUUAUUGGUGUCAGGGCCUGAGUAGUGAGAGUGUGACUGGACGUUGUUACUGGGAGGUGGAGGUGGAGGUGAAGGUGGGAGGAGCAGUUCGUGUAGCAGUCGCAUACAAGAAUAUCAGCAGAGCAGGAAACUCACAUGAACGUUUAUUUGGAUACAAUGAUAAAUCUUGGUCAUUAUCUUGUUAUGGAAACAGUUUUUUCUUUCAUUACAACAGCAUCAGGACUCCAGUGUCAGGUCCUGAGUCCUCCAGAGUAGGAGUGUACCUGGACCACAGUGCAGGUGUUCUGUCCUUCUACAGCGUCUCUGACACCAUGACUCUCCUCCACAAAGUCCAGACCACAUUCACUCAGCCUCUCUAUGCUGGAGUUGGGAUUUAUUAUCCUGGAGCCACAGCUGAGUUUUGUAAACUCAAAUAGACUCGAGUCAUUAACAGCAGUGAUUCAGAUUCUGUGUGUAAAUCUUUAACUUCUUUUGUCUCCAUUUUUGUUGAUCAAAGUUCAUCGUGGUGACGUUUCUGCUCCGCACAGAGAUCAGCUGUCAAUCAAACACGACCUUCCUUUAUCACACAUAUUCAGUUCUCACUUUGUAAAGACAGAAAUCUAUAAUUACACUGACAUGAAUGUGUUUGAAAGAACUAAUGUUGCUGUUGUUUUAUAAAUCAAUGUACAAAUCCGGUUUGUGAUGUUUUAGAACCUGUA